AUGGAGGAUUCAACGACGUACGGCUCCCCCAACAAUGGGGCAUCCCCUGGCGACAAUCCUAUUCUUGCGCAGCCCCCUUUGCAGCCCGAAACUGCCACCGAAGGUGAAGAUAUUCAGAUGUCGGAGAACAACACGAAUGAGCCCAGCAUCAAACAAGGGAGCGCAACCCCAGCGCCCGGGGCCGCAUCUAGCAAUCCUUUAGAUGCACCAGAGGCGCCACAGCCCGAGGUUUCUGGCCGAGGUGAUGAGGAUAUGGGUGACGCCCCAGGCGAUUCAAAGGAUGGCGCAGCCGCAGCUGCAGGCGGUGACGCAGCCAACCGAACUGAGGGCCAGGAGAUCAAGUCCAAGGAAAGUGCUGAGUCGGCUGCGCGAGAGCAUCUGAUUUCCCAGACACAUGCCAUUGUGCUUCCCAGUUACAGCACUUGGUUUGAUAUGAACUCCAUCCACGAUAUCGAACGCAAGGCCAUGGCCGAAUUCUUCAACAAUCGCAACAGAAGCAAGACUCCUUCCGUAUACAAGGAUUAUCGCGAUUUCAUGAUCAAUACUUAUCGCCUCAACCCUGUUGAAUAUCUGACAGUUACUGCCUGCCGUCGUAAUCUUGCUGGCGACGUAUGCGCCAUCAUGAGGGUCCACGCCUUCCUCGAGCAAUGGGGUCUAAUUAAUUAUCAGGUUGACGCAGAUCAGCGACCAUCACACGUGGGUCCACCAUUCACCGGUCACUUUAGGAUCAUUUGCGAUACUCCUCGCGGCUUGCAGCCAUGGCAGCCCUCAGCAGACCCCGUUGUCUUGGAAGGCAAGAAAAGCCAGGCCACAGAUGAGAAGGCAAAGGCAACUCCUGCGAACAAAGGAGAUCUGAAUCUGGAGAUUGGGCGAAAUAUUUACGAGGCCAACGCCAAGGGUACUCCAAUCACCAAAUCUGAAAGCAAGCCCAAUGGCGAGACACCUGCCACCAAUGGCGUCUCAGGUUCCGAAGAUGCCACCAAAGCACCAGUCGCUAAAGUUCAGUGUUUCAUGUGCAGCACAGAUUGCACCCGUGUUUACUAUCACAGCACCCAGACGGACCCUGCAUCCAAGGCCAAGUACGACGUCUGCCCUGGUUGCUUCAAUGAGGCACGUCUACCCUCCAACCACACAUCGGCGAUGUAUACAAAGAUGGAAAAUCCUCGUUAUACGGCAGUUUUGGACAGGGACGCGCCUUGGACCGACGCCGAAAUUCUUCGCCUUCUCGAAGGAUUGGAGAGAUUCGAUGAUGACUGGAGCGAGAUUGCAGAUCACGUCGGAACCCGGACCAGGGAGGAGUGCGUACUUCAGUUCUUGCAACUUGACAUCGAGGAAAAGUACCUGGACUCGGAAGCUUCGGUUCACGCACCUACAGGACUCUCCAUGCUUGGAACCCAAAAUGGACAGCUUCCAUUCAGCCAAGUCGACAAUCCAGUCAUGUCAGUUGUUGGCUUCCUUGCCAGCCUAGCAGAUCCAGCUAGCACGGCAGCGGCAGCAAACAGAUCAGCAGAUGAGCUGAAACGAAAUCUGCGCAAGCAGCUUGAGAGCAAGAAGGAAGGCGGGGACGACAGUACCCAGGAUGACAAGCCUGCCAAGGAACAGGGCGAUUCCAUGGAUGUUGAUGCUGGUCAAGAAUCCACCGAUACUUCUCUGGCAAUUACUAAGGGGGAUAAGGGGGCUGAUUUGGCCUCAAUUCCUCUUGCCUCGAUGGGUGCAAGGGCAGCUGGUUUUGCCUCUCAUGAGGAACGAGAAAUGACGAGACUUGUUUCGGCUGCUGCGAACAUCACUCUACAAAAGUUGGAGCUGAAGCUCAAGUACUUUAACGAGAUGGAGGCCAUUCUCCGCGCAGAGCGACGAGACUUGGAACGAGGAAGACAACAACUAUUCUUGGACAGGCUAGCCUUUAAGAGGCGUGUGCGGAAUGUGCAGGAUGGCCUCAAGGCCGCUGCUGCCAUUGGGGGGGAACAAGGUGCCCGCCUGGCUCAUGAGGCGAUGAACGAGGGCGACAAGCUUGGCUUUCAGCCUGUUGCCGAUGGGCAAGUGAUACAGGCACUUGGCAACGAAAGCCAGAUCAAGACUUUCGAAGCAUAA